GAUCAUUAUUAUUAUUUUCGUUCAUUGAAUUUUCUGGUUCCUUGUAUUACUAUUCUCAUUAGUAAUCUUCUUCUUCUUCCUUGGUUCUGCUUCUCGAAAGUUCAAGUUCGAAGAAAUGGCGGAGCGUGCUCUCACUCGCGUACACAGCCUCCGUGAGCGUUUGGAUUCCACACUUGCUGCCCACAGGAACGAGAUUCUGGCCCUGCUCGCAAGGAUCGAAGGUAAAGGAAAGGGAAUUCUUCAACACCAUCAGAUCAUUUUUGAAUUUGAAGCUAUCCCUGAAGAGAUCAGGAAAACGUUAGCUGAUGGUGCAUUUUCUGAAAUAUUGAGAGCUAGUCAAGAGGCGAUUGUGCUGCCGCCGUGGGUGGCGCUGGCCGUUCGACCGAGGCCUGGUGUCUGGGAGUACAUUAGAGUGAAUGUCCACGCGCUUGUUGUUGAAGAACUCACUGCUGCUGAGUAUCUUCGUUUCAAGGAAGAGCUUGUUGAUGGAAGUUCAAGUGCAAACUUCACUUUGGAAUUGGAUUUUGAGCCCUUCAAUGCCUCGUUCCCUCGCCCGACUCUUUCGAAGUCGAUCGGUAACGGUGUCGAGUUCCUUAACCGUCACCUCUCGGCGAAACUGUUUCAUGACAAGGAGAGCAUGCACCCCUUGCUUGAAUUCCUAAAAGUCCACUGCCAUAAGGGCAAGAACAUGAUGUUGAAUGACAGAAUUCAAAACCUGAAUUCUCUCCAACAUGUCCUGAGGAAGGCGGAGGAGUACCUCGUUACACUGCCUGCUGAAACGCCAUAUGCUGAAUUCGAACACAAAUUCCUGGAGAUCGGUUUGGAGAGAGGUUGGGGUGAUACGGCCGAGCGUGUGCUCGAGAUGAUCCAACUCCUUUUGGAUCUUCUCGAGGCACCCGAUCCUUGCACCCUGGAGAAGUUCCUUGGGAGAAUCCCCAUGGUGUUCAAUGUCGUGAUUCUAACUCCACACGGAUACUUUGCUCAGGACAACGUUUUGGGGUAUCCCGACACCGGUGGCCAGGUUGUUUACAUUUUGGAUCAAGUCCGUGCCCUCGAGAACGAGAUGAUCCACCGUAUCAAGCAGCAAGGACUCAACAUUACGCCUCGUAUCCUCAUUAUUACUAGACUUCUCCCUGAUGCUGUGGGAACAACUUGUGGCCAACGACUCGAGAAAGUAUAUGGAACGGAGUACUCUGAUAUUCUUCGGGUACCCUUCAGAACCGAGAAGGGUAUCGUACGUAGAUGGAUCUCUAGAUUCGAAGUCUGGCCCUACUUGGAAACAUUCACCGAGGAUGUUGCUCAUGAGAUCUCGAAAGAGUUGCAAGGCAAGCCCGAUUUGAUCAUCGGAAACUACAGUGAUGGUAACAUAGUUGCCUCCUUGCUGGCACAUAAGUUGGGAGUUACACAGUGUACGAUUGCCCAUGCUUUGGAGAAGACCAAGUAUCCGGAUUCCGAUAUCUACUGGAAGAAGCUUGAAGAUAAAUAUCAUUUCUCCUGUCAAUUUACAGCUGAUCUCAUAGCUAUGAACCAUACGGAUUUCAUCAUCACCAGUACUUUCCAAGAAAUUGCUGGAAGCAAUGACACCGUUGGUCAAUACGAGAGUCACACUGCUUUCACUCUUCCCGGUCUCUACCGUGUUGUCCACGGAAUUGAUGUAUUCGAUCCUAAAUUCAACAUUGUGUCCCCCGGUGCUGACAUGAACAUAUACUACCCUUACACUGAGGAGAAGAGGAGAUUAAAGCAUCUCCAUGCCGAUAUCGAACAACUUGUUUACGGCAAAGAUGAAAACGAAGAACACUUAUGUGUGCUAAAUGACCGUAACAAGCCAAUUAUAUUCACAAUGGCAAGGCUGGACCGCGUCAAGAAUUUAACCGGACUUGUCGAGUGGUAUGGGAAGAACCCCAAGUUGCGAGAGUUGGUUAACCUCGUUGUGGUCGGUGGAGAUAGGAGGAAAGAAUCCAAGGAUUUGGAAGAGAAGGCCGAAAUGGCAAAGAUGUUUGAGCUCAUCGAGAAGUACAAGCUGAAUGGUCAGUUCCGAUGGAUAUCAUCCCAAAUGAACAGAGUCAGGAACGGUGAGCUUUACCGAUAUGUUUGCGACACAAAGGGUGCCUUCGUACAGCCAGCAUUAUACGAAGCCUUUGGAUUGACUGUCAUCGAGGCAAUGACUUGCGGUUUGCCGACAUUCGCAACUUGCAACGGUGGACCUGCCGAGAUUAUCGUUCACGGCAAAUCUGGCUUCAACAUCGACCCUUACCACGGCGAUCAAGCUGCCGAGAUCCUCGUCGACUUCUUCGAGAAAUGCAAGACAGACCCGUCUCACUGGACCAAGAUCUCCGAGGAAGGCUUAAGGCGUAUAGAGGAGAAGUACACAUGGCAGAUUUACUCCGAGAGACUAUUGACGCUGACCGGCGUGUACGGUUUCUGGAAACACGUCUCCAACCUCGACCGCCGCGAGAGCCGUCGUUACCUCGAGAUGUUCUACGCUCUCAAGUACCGGAAACUGGCUGAAUCGGUUCCUUUGGCAGUUGAAGAGUAGAUUGAAGCUUUGCUUGAAACCAUUGGAAUGGUUUUGUGAGUUGCCGAGAAUAAUCUUCGUUUGAUCGAACAAGAAAACACUCUUUUGAUUUGUAAUUUUUCUUUUGUUUUUAAUCUUUCCGUACUCUUUGAUCUCUGUUGUUUGCGACUUUGGUUCUUCAUCUUCCAUGUUUAAGCUGUUUUAUGAAACUUCACUUUUAACAAA